AUGAGUUUAAUGCGUUUCAGUUUAAUAUUCACAACAUUUUGCUUAAUUGGCAUAACUGCCCUUGUUGAGUUCAACAAUGUUAAGUGCUCGACUAGAAACCCAGAUUUUCUUAAUUACGAAUAUUGCUUUCUCAAAUCUGUGAAUCGAACCUACAAAUAUUUGUCGGUCAAAUGUCAUCUCUCGCAGCUGCCCAUCACGAAUGCUUGGAUGACAUACAAGAUAAUUAAGCGUGACAGUAGGAACAUCUUUGAACGAUUUAAUGCCACGAUAGACGUCUGCAAAUUUAUGAAAGAUCGCAGCAAUCAACUUGCCAACAUUUUAUUCAACUCAUUUGCAGACUAUACAAAUGUUAAUCACACCUGUCCCAUAAAUCACGACAUUAUAUUGGAAAAACUCCCAGUUCAGCAUGUGAACAAUAUGUUGUACGUCACCAAAUCGUAG